AUGGCCGACGACGAGGAGCGCAUCAAGGCAGAGAAGCUGGCGGCAGCCAAGAAGAAGGUGGCCCAGAUGCAAAAGAAAAAGAAGAAGGCCAGCAAGACAUCCACUGCUGGACUAGAGACACCAAAAGAAGCAGAGGCCUCUACUGAAGCCACCACCGAAGCAACCACUGAAGCCGAGCCUAUAGAAGAAGCCGCGGCCACCGCAGAAACACCAUCACAAGUCGAAACCCCCGCAGCCGCUGAGCAGCCAGAGGAAUCACAGUCACCACAAGAACAGCCGGAGGCCGAUGCGCCGGCUGAAUCGCCCAUCGAACCCAUGCCUCCAGCGCCGACAUCUCCCGGCUCAGACGCGGAGCCACUACCAAUCCGCCUCGACACCCCGCGCGCAAACCAUGGCCGACAGCCCUCCUUGUCAAUCCAGUCCAAGAUGCGGUCUUCCUCGUUCCGCAAGACUUCCGUUUCCCAGGGCAGCGUGUCCCCCUCCCCACCUGCAACACUCAAGUCCCCCGCAGGGUCAUUACCGCCCCUGACCGGAGAUGGGGAGUCGGUUCACGAAGUAUUCCGCAAACAAUCCACGAAAAUCGAAGAACUUGAGAAGGAGAACAAACGACUGGAGAAGGAUCUCUCGGAUGCAACUUCGCGCUGGCGCAAGACCGAGGAGCAAGUGGAGGAUCUGCGCGAGGCUUGUGUUGAUGGUGCGGAGUUGAGGGAGAAGUUAAAGAAGGCCGAGGAGCAGGUUGCUAGCAUUGAUGCUCUGAAUGAGGAGAUUCUCUCUCUCCAGCGACAAAACUCACAGCUCCAGACGCGGCAGCAUCGCAAUGCCAGUGCUACUUCGGAGUCGCCGCCGGCCGACCUUGCUCGCCAGUUGGAGUCCAAGUCCGCUACGAUUGAAGCUAUGGAAUUGGAAAUUUCCAAUCUGCGCGCUCAGGUCACUUCCCAGACAUCUUCGAACGACGAACAUGAAACCAAGGUUGCUGCGUUGGAAGAGAAGGUCUCGAAAGCCCAGACAGACCUUGAUAAGUCUCACAGCGAAUUGGAACACACCAAGCAGGCUUUGACGCGAGCUACCGAGAAAGCAGCCAAAGAAGGCGUCGACAAGACCUCCACCGAUACAUUGAUUCGGAAUCUCCAGCGUGAGAUCGAAGAACACAAGACCGAAAAGGCCGAGUCAGAAAAGAAGACUGAGGCCCUGGACAAGAAACUCCAGGCAAUGGCCAACCUCCACAAAGAAACCGAGGCUCGACACCAGACCCGCCAACGCGAGAGCGAAAAAUCAGAGAAGGAAAUUGCCGUCAUGCGCAAGAAACUCGCCAGCAUCGAAAACGAGAAUCUCAGACUCCGCGAGGAGCGUGACCGCGUACGCACCCGCGAGACAAGCGGCGGCGCCGACGACGAAGCCCUGGAUGAGCUAGAAGACGAAGAACGUCAGCGUCUCGAACGUCGCAUCCGCGAGCUAGAAGGCGAAGUCUUCGAUCUGCGCCGCGGCGUCUGGCAAGAGAAGCGCCACGAACUAUCCGAACACUACCCAGAAGACGGACCCAGCGUCGGCGCCGGUGAUGCAGCCAAUGCAUUCGACGACGUUGACCUUGUCGGUGGACGACCGGACCAUGCCCGUCGCCGCAGCAUGGGCCAGCAACAGCACUCUUCCUUCUCGACUGUUCUCUCUAGCGGCUUCGCAGCCUUCACUGGAGCCGGCGGAAACUGCGCCCGCGCUUCAUCGUCUAACCCAUCUCACCCACCCGGAACACGUGGCAGUCUCGAGCUUGUCUCGGAAGAAAACCUGGAUGAUGAAUUCGACGAGGAUGCGUUUGCCCGCGCACAAGCCGAAGAAGAAGCCCGCAAGCGCGUCGAGUGGAUGCGCAAUAUCAAGAGUAAGCUGCGUGACUGGAAUGGGUGGAGAUUGGACCUUGUUGACAGUCGGGCUGGUGCUGAAGGUGCUGGUGUCGGCAUGGGUGAGAUCUUUGAGGUUUGA